ACGGUUGGCGUUUGGGGAGGACAAUUGGCAAAUUGGCAUGGGAGGUGUAGCAGAUAAAUUAGAGCUGUGAUUGAUCGAUUGAACUCGGAAGCGAAAUGGAAACGGGAAAGAGAGUGGUCAUCAUCGGAGGUGGCGUUGCUGGUUCCCUCCUCGCUAAAUCCAUCCAAUUCCAUGCCUAUGUCACUCUCAUUGAUCCGAAGGAGUAUUUUGAGAUUCCAUGGGCAUGCUUGAGGGCAAUAGUUGAGCCACCCUUUGCGGAGAGGACGUUGAUCAACCAUGCAGAGUACCUCACCAAUGCCAAAAUUAUUGUAUCCAGUGCUGUCAAUGUGACUGACACGAAAGUGUUUACUGCCGAUGGCCACCAGAUUGUCUAUGACUAUCUUGUUAUUGCCACUGGCCAUUCAGAUCCUGUCCCUAAGUCGAGGACUGAAAGACUUAACGAGUACACAAAAGAAAAUGAGAAGAUAAAAUCUGCUCGCUCCAUUCUGAUUGUUGGAGGAGGUCCCACUGGUGUGGAACUUGCAGGGGAGAUAGCAGUUGAUUUUCCGGAUAAGAAGCUUACGCUAGUGCAUAAGGGAACAAGGCUAAUGGAAUUUAUAGGGGCAAAAGCUUCUGAUAAGGCUCUCAAAUGGUUGAAAUCGAAGAAUGUCGAGGUAAAACUUGAGCAAUCAGUUGAUCUGAACUCUGCUGUGGAUGGAGGACAACACAGGAUUUAUCAAACUUCUCUCGGAGAGACCAUUGAGGCAGAUUGUCAUUUCUUAUGCAUAGGGAAACCGCUUGCUACAGCAUGGCUUAGGGAAACUGUGUUGAAAAAUGACUUGGAUCAUCAAGGAAGGAUUAAGGUAGAUGAACAUCUGAGAGUGAAGGGUCAGGACAACAUUUUUGCAAUCGGGGAUAUUACAGAUGUUCCGGAAAUCAAGCAGGGGUUUUUGGCACAUAAGCAGGCCGAAAUGGUAGCAAAGAACUUGAAGCUAACAAUGGAGGCAGGAACAGAAUGUAUGAAUAGGAUGGACACUUACAAGCCGCAUUCGGCAUUGGCAAUCGUCUCACUUGGGCGGAAAGAAGCGGUGGCACAACUUCCCUUCAUGACAAUGAGUGGAAGAAUCCCUGGCAUUAUCAAGUCUGGAGACUUAUUUGUAGGUAAAACAAGAAAACAGAUGGGACUCAAUCCUUAAAAUAAUGGUUCUUCAUGUUAUAUGAACAUGCUGUGUGUACAAAAUCAAUAUACAUAUUUUCAGUUUGUAAUUUCCUCAAUAGAAAAUAAGAAUUUAUUUGUACCAUAUUGUACCAAAUAUUUAUACAAACAAUGUUUAACUUUCAUGAGAUGUAUAAUUAUGUAAGUUGGAAGCAGGAUAUGGAUUUUACUAUUUAAUUGUUGUAUCA